AUAUAUCGUGAUCAAAAUCCCUCUGACGAACAAUGCCGCCCCAACUCCAAUUCAACCCCACCACCAACGAACCCUUCCUCUCAGUCCCCAUCCCAUCUUCCCCCAAUGGCCCGGAUACCACGAGUCAUAUAAUCAUCACCCCCUACCGCCCUGACCAAGAUGUAGAACCUAUACUCACAUCUCUAAACGAUCCCAUCAUCUACAAGUGGUUAAGAACUCCACCGGUGCCAUAUACGCGCGAACACGCGGAAGAGUGGAUCAGAUUGUGCAAAGGGAGCUCAGACAAGCUCAUUCCGGAGAUCGAGGAAUGGCAACGCGGCGAGAGGAAAUGGCUGAGCGGGUGUCCCGUCAGAGCGAUCAGGGAGGUUCGACAGACCAAAGACGGACAGGUUGAGGAGGUGUUGCUGGGAGAUGUCGGCCUUAUCAGAUAUACAUUUGACGACACCCUGGACGAGAGCGAAAGAGAAGAGAUGAAGCGAAUUAAUGACGAGAGAGAAGUAGGAGACGAGAGAACCAUCUGGACUCUUGGAGAUUGGCUUGCGUCAACGCACCACGGGAAAGGAAUCAUGAGUGCUGCCGUUAGAGUCAUAAUGGACUGGGCCAUGGCGAACCUGAACGUCCACUAUAUGAAAGUCCAUGCUAGUGUUGGGAAUAUCGGCAGCUGUAGGGUGUUUGAGAAGAAUGGAUUUACGCUCACCGACACAGUCCACGAUGCCUUUGCACUUCCGGAAAUCAAGGGUGGUGGGAAGGCAAGCUUCUACACUUUGCGGUGGGCCAGAAGCACAGAGUGAUCGUGUGGGUUUGCAGCAUUAGUAUAUAGAAUAACGCGCGAUCUGGGUAUACUUUUAAGAGCAUGAUCGAGGAUUCAUGGUUGAGAAGGGCGAUUAGAUAGAUGUAGAUCAAGCAAUUAGGAGAGCCUGUACAAUUUGAUCAUGUAUACGCAGUACAAUAGUAUGUACGCUGGCGUAAGAGCUAAAAAAAAUAAAUAAAAAUAAAAAUAAUAAAAAUAAAAAAAUAAAACCACAAAAAGAAAAAGAUGGGUAUAUGAAAUUGACUUUGUGAUUGCAUAUGCGCUCGUUCCGUUUUAAAAAAUUCGAAUAUAAAACUUAACAUUCGAGUCAAGAGUUCCCAAGUAGAAACGGCACGAAAAAUCAAUGCGGUCGGGGAUCUUCUAAAGGGGUUCCAUGACAGCACAAAACUCAAUCGACAUCAAAGGUGGGCUUAAGCAGGAGCCCUACAAUAUAAACGUGGACUGCAAGCACGGUAAGAAUUUAGUGGGAUAGCAUAGACUACGCAGCAAAGUGGACACAGGCUGUCGUGGUUCGACCCAGUCGUGAUUAUAUUUGUGAAGUCCGGAUUUAGCGGCGCUGACGAGAGGUUCGAAGGUUGCGGCCGACGAUGGGCUGGGCUGAAGAAAAUUGGCCCACUGUGCCCUCCGAAGAUCUUCAAGCUUGGAGCUAAGACGUGACCACGGCUCGAAAGGCGGCGAACCGGCGAAACACCCGCAUCCCCUGUCACCAUCCAUAACUGUGCUCUGGGCACUUUUCGACAUCAUCCGGGAAAGUGAUAGCGCUCGUAUCAUCUUUAUCGUAGCGAUAUUUUGGGCAAUACGAACACCUCAAGAAGGUAAAUUCCAUAUAAAAUUCAGAUUCGAUCCUUCGAAGCCAGACCAGAGCUGAUUUCCACCAUCUCCAAAUGGCGCCAUUGACGGAUCGAAAGGCAACGAAAGCCAAUCAUCUGCGUUGAUAUCGUUCAGCGACAGUAUCUGAUCGUCAAACACCGGGUUUGAAAUUUCCAUUUGUCCACCGCCAUUCCCCGUCAUAUGGCCUACGUCGGGCUGGCCCGCUGAACUGUGGAGAUCCGCCGGCGGUCGUACAGACGAUGGUCUUGUGGUGCCCCGACUAGUUCUCUUGUUGGACAGGACAAAACUACGCCGAAGCCGGGUAAUGAGAGAUUCAAGGAGCGUCGCAUAUCUGGAUCCAAGGUGGAUGUCAUCAAGAGAGCUGGACCUUAACGCUUGAAUACUUCUAGUUAAUAUCUCGAGGGACUCCUGUAGUUUUGCGUUGCG